CUUUUUGUAAUGAAUGUAAUGAUGUGAUUCAUCCAUACAUUAUUUUUUCAAAUAAGUAGUAAACGAUUUAAACAAAAACACAAGCUUCUAGAAUUUGUACAUAAAUUUCUGUGAUUUUGAGUGUUUUUUAACAAUUACAUACAUAAAAUGUCCAGCACAAAUUUCAGAGAUCUACCAUCUAAUGAAGAAAUUAUCGAAGACCUAACAAAUGACUUGCAUGAUAACUUAUCAGUAAAUAAUAGUGAAAUUCCAGACUCCACAUCUACAAAACUCACAGAACCACCUGAAGAUUUCGAUCAUUCUGAUACAGAAGAUUCAAUAAUCAUUGAUGAUGAUUUCAUCGAUGAAGCUGCAUUAAAAGAUUUAGAAAUCAGUCUAAGUGAAGAACAACUUAUAGAAAACCAUAUAAAUGCAUUGAAUUACAAAGCACAAGGCAAUGAAGUGUUUAAAUGUGAAAACUAUUUAGAAUCUAUAAGAUUUUAUACUCAAGGGCUGAAAAUUUGCCCUUUAAAGUUCACUGAAGAUAGAGCUGUGCUUUAUGCUAAUAGAGCUGCAUCAAAAGCUAAACUGGACAGAAAACAAAGUGCAAUUGAUGACUGCAGUAAAGCUAUAGAAUUAAAUGAUAAGUAUGUAAAAGCUUACCUAAGAAGAGCUAAAUUAUAUGAAGAAAGUGAUAAACUAGAUGAAAGUUUAGCAGAUUUUAAUAAAAUAAUAGAACUAGAUCCAGGCAAUAGUGAUGCCCAUUCUGCACAAGUCAGGCUACCUCCUUUAAUUAAUGAGAAAAAUGAAAAGUUAAAAGAAGAAAUGUUGGGCAAAUUGAAAGAUUUGGGCAACGUUAUCUUGAGACCAUUCGGACUAUCCACUGAAAACUUUAAGCUCACCCAGGAUCCAAGUACUGGUGGAUAUUCAGUGAACUUUUCACAAAAUUCAAAAUAAAUCUAUGUUUAUGGAAUUAUUAAAUUAUUAUUUGUCUUUAUUUGAAAAGUGUAUUUUUUCUUUUCCAAAAUAA